AUGAGUCUUCAUCCCAAUCAGCAGCAGCUCAAUAAUAAAAUCACAACUGCAAUACCACAACAAUCAAAAAUUAAACCGGCUCAUACCCUAAAUGGUGUACCUGUAUUCAAACCAACAUGGCAGGAAUUUAAAGAUUUCUAUAAAUUUGUCACAGAAAUUAACCCAAUAGGAAUGCAAACAGGUAUAGUCAAAAUUAUACCCCCUAAAGAAUGGUUAGAUCUACAAAAAAUCACUCCUGAACUACUACAACAAAUAGUCAUCGAUAAACCAAUAGAACAGCAUAUAACUAAUGGCAGUUCUACUCAGAGAGGUUCAUAUUUUAUAUCCAAUAUAGAAAAAUCAAAAAAGUAUAACAUAAUACAAUGGAAAGAUCUCUCCAAUGACUAUAAACUACCUUCAAUCAGUGGUAGUAGCACAAGCACUAGCAGCACAAGUGGUUCAAAAUUAAAAAAGAAAAACUAUCUAAAAGAUUUCCAAUUACAAGAUUACAAAAAAUUUUAUGAAUCAGGCGAAUAUAAUUUCGAAGACUUAUCACAAUUCGAUGAUCCCAAAAGAAUAGAGUAUUUAGAAAAUUACUAUUGGAAAACUCUAAAUUUUACAACCCCCUUGUAUGGAGCUGACACGCUGGGCACAGUUUUUAAUCCAGAACUUAAAAUAUGGAACGUUUCAUGCUUGCCCAAUUUGUUAGACUACUUGGAUGAUGAAAAGAAGAUCCCCGGAGUUAACGAAUCAUAUCUUUACGCUGGAUUGUGGAAGUCCUCUUUUGUUUGGCAUCUAGAAGAUCAAGAUUUACAUUCAAUAAAUUACAUUCAUUUUGGUUGUCCUAAGCAAUGGUAUAGUAUAUCUCAAAAAGAUUGUGACAAAUUUUACCAAUUUAUGAAAGAGACUUUCCCACAAGCUUCUACCAAUUGCUCGGAAUUUUUGAGGCACAAGACCUUUUUGGUGUCCCCCAAAGUUUUAGAACAAAAUGGUAUAUAUUGCAAUAAAGUCCUACAAAGACAGAACGAGUUUAUUAUUACCUUCCCCUAUGGCUACCAUGCAGGAUUUAAUUAUGGCUAUAAUUUAGCUGAGUCAGUUAACUUUGCCAUAGACGAUUGGCUUAACGAUGAUAUUGGCGGAAAGGCAAAGAAAUGUGAAUGUAUUGAUGAUGCGGUACAGGUCAAUGUUAAUGAAUUGAAAAACAGUAUAAAGGAAAAAAAACUGAAGCAUGAAGUUGCUGAAACUUUGGUAGCUAGUGGGAAUAGUACGCCGAGUAGAGCAUAUAGUACUACAGAUUUAGGAUUAUUAACAUUUGGUAAUACUACCGCCACGGCUACUGCCCCUACGAUUGCUUCUACUACUGAUAAUACUAAUAAUGGUACUAUAAGUGUUACUAGUAUUAACAAUAAGAACUCUUCAAAGUUUAAUACCAAUCUAGGUUCUUCAUCCACAAUAUCUCUGUACAAUAAUAAUAUUAAUAUUAAUAAUAAUAAUACUAAUAAUGGCAAUGGUUUAUAUUCACCUGCUACUGCUAGUAUAGUUGCCGCAGCUAAUGCAGAUGCUAUAAGUGGCUUAGGCACAACUAGUAAUAAACUAGGCUCCAUAAAUACCGUGACCAAUACUGCAGGUGCAAAUUCACCACAAACCAUGUUAAAUGUGUUAGACAAAAUAAGUAAUAAUAGUUUAAGCGCCAACAAUAAUAACUAUGCUGUCAACAAUAGCAAUAGCGCUAAUUCGUCUUUGCGUUCAAAUACACCUAGUCAGUUUGGAAUUAAUAAUCAAUCUAUUAGUAGAAUAGCGUCUCCUGUUUUUUCUAGAGUAUUGAUGGACGUGGAGUCAUCUUUAAGGUUUAAUAGCAAUGAUGGUGCAACAGCAACAGUAACAGCAAAUAAUAACAAUAAUAAUAUUAAUAUUAAUGGCAACACAAAUACAAUUGUUACACCAACAACGAUCGGCAACAACAACAACAACAACAACAACAAUAACAACAACAACAACAACAACAACAACAACAAUAACAACACAUUAAACACCUAUAAUGGUAGUUUCCAAAAAAUAUCUUCUUCUCCUUUGUCCAACCCAAUUAAUCCACUACAUACGUUAAAUAACCAUAAUAAUAGUGCCCGUGCUGCUUCAAAUAAUAGCAUAGUUGGUUCAACCCCACCCGUAUUACCAAAAUUAGCAAACAUUGCCGCUGCAACCACAUCUUUCAACAACCCAUCCCCAUUAAAUGGCAAUAUUUUGCCUCCCUUAUUUGAUACUCCAUUAUUAACCGAUGAAGAAGACAAUCUAUUGGCAAUGAGUCUUACUUCCAUGGCAAACAGUAGAAUUUCCAGCCCAAGGCCACAACAGCUUAUAAACAAUGGUAUUAAUAAAUCUAUGUUGAACACCACACAAUCGGCAAUAGAUAAUAAUAUUAGUAGUCAUAGUAUCACAUCUACAAAAAAUAACAAUCUUAAAAUUAAUAAUAACAACAGUUCUUUGUUGAUAUCACCAAGACCAACGGUAAGGCGGAUAACUAAUAAUUCUAGUAAUAGUAGUGGUAGUACUACAAACACAAUAAAUGGUCCCUCUUUGUCGUUAAACAGUUUUCCAUAUAAUUCAACUGGUGUUAGGCCCAAAUCACCUCAAUCUCAACUCAUUGCACGUGUGAGAAGCCCAAAUAGGGUUACUUUAAAUAUAUCAAGAGAUGGAAGUCCUUUAACUUCCAUUUUGGGGACAACUACCAGUGGUAUCACUACACCUAAUACAAAUUACACUAAUAAUAAUAAUAAUAAUAAUAAUAACAGUGUUAGUACAAGUUAUUCACACCAACCGUUUGUCACCACGUCUUUGUCUCAAAUCACUAAUGCAACACCUAUUAACGCAGGAAUGCCUUUAACUCCACGAACUUCUAAAAUAAGUAGAGGACCUUUAGAAAAAAAUACUACCGCUACUGACAAUACCGGAAUGGGUAAAGAAGAGAAGAAAUUAUCAAAGCAAGAUAGAAAAAGGAAAAACGAUAGAACUAAUGAAAUACGGAAGAAUAAUUAUGAUACUCUUACCUCGGAUAAUUUAGCUACAAAAAAUAAAAAAGUAAAAACUACCAGUAGUGUUAAGAAGAAUAAAUCAGAAGAAUCAAGCCAGGAUAGUAGUGUUAGUGUAGAAAAUAGCAAUAAUUCCAACGCAACGGAUGUGAAUAAUGAAGUUAUAGUUGAUGAAAGUAUGUGUGCAAAUGCUAAAGUUAAUCCAGAAGAAGUUAUUGUGAAGGAUGAUGGUCAUAAAAUUUACAUUUGUCUGAAUUGUAAAAGAGAAUUCACCUCAGGCCAUCACUUAACUAGACAUAAAAAUUCGGUACACUCAGUAGAAAAGCCAUUCUCAUGUCCUAAAUGUGGUAAAAGAUUUAAAAGGCGUGAUCAUGUUUUACAGCAUUUGAAUAAAAAAAUACCUUGUACCAAAGAUGAGGAGUAA